AUGCAGAGGGCUGGAGGCGGGGGUGCCCCCGGGGGCAGCGGCGGGGGCGGCGGGGGGGGCCCGGGCACUGCCUUCUCCAUCGACUCCCUGAUCGGGCCGCCGCCCCCUCGCUCCGGCCACUUGCUCUACACCGGCUAUCCCAUGUUCAUGCCCUACCGGCCGCUCGUGCUGCCGCAGGCGCUGGCCCCCGCACCGCUGCCCGCCGGCCUCCCGCCUCUCGCCCCCCUGGCCUCCUUUGCCGGCCGCCUCACCAACACCUUCUGCGCGGGACUGGGCCAGGCCGUGCCCUCGAUGGUGGCGCUGACCACCGCGCUGCCCAGCUUCGCGGAGCCGCCCGACGCCUUCUACGGGCCGCAGGAGCUCGCCGCCGCCGCAGCCGCCACUGCUGCCCGAAACAACCCCGAGCCGGGUGGCCGACGCCCGGAGGGUGGGCUGGAAGCCGACGAGCUGCUGCCCGCCCGGGAGAAAGUGGCAGAGCCCCCGCCGCCCCCGCCUCCGCACUUCUCAGAGACUUUCCCAAGUCUGCCGGCAGAGGGGAAGGUGUACAGCUCAGAUGAGGAGAAGCUGGAGGCACCAGCAGGAGACCCAGCAGGCAGCGAACAGGAGGAAGAGGGCUCAGGCGGGGACAGCGAAGACGACGGUUUCCUGGACAGCUCUGCAGGGGGCCCCGGGGCCCUCCUGGGACCUAAACCCAAGCUAAAGGGAAGCCUGGGGACUGGAGCCGAGGAGGGAGCACCGGUGGCGGCAGGAGUCACAGCUCCUGGGGGCAAAAGCCGACGGCGCCGCACAGCAUUUACCAGUGAGCAGCUUUUGGAAUUGGAGAAGGAGUUUCACUGCAAGAAAUACCUGAGCUUGACAGAGCGGUCCCAGAUCGCCCACGCCCUCAAGCUCAGUGAGGUGCAGGUCAAGAUCUGGUUUCAGAAUCGGCGGGCCAAGUGGAAGCGCAUCAAAGCUGGCAAUGUGAGCAGCCGUUCUGGGGAGCCCGUGAGAAACCCCAAGAUUGUUGUGCCCAUACCUGUGCACGUCAACAGGUUUGCUGUCCGGAGCCAGCAUCAACAAAUGGAGCAGGGGGCCCGGCCCUGAAGGGGCUCACAAGGAUUUUGGAAGGCAAAGGGUCUGUUCCCAUGCCUGCUCUGAGACUGGGUUAGGGUUCUGCGGACCAGAGGGGCUACCACUGUGAUCCUGCCCUGGGAGGGGGCUCCGUCGGCAACUAAUUUUAGUGCUAGGGGUGCUCUCCUGGCCACCUGACACAUGGGCACUGGGCCCUGAGCCUAUUCCAGAGACCCUCAGACUGGGGGCUUCGCAGUUACAGGGGCUCGGGUUCUUGAUGCUGAGGAGCUGUGGGGAUUGAGGUGGACUCCAGGGAAGGGGGUGAAUUCUAACAUGCCUAGGGUGAACGCUUCCCAGCUAAUGCCCUGGAACUACUUCUCACAGGGGUGGGAAGAACCAGGGUGAAGCCUAGCCAAGCUGAUCACAGCUCCUUAUUUAUUUUCUGUAAAGUUUGUAUAUAUGGAGCCAUCUGCCUCCGUCUGUCUGUACCCCUGAGACUGAGGAAAGUCCCGUGUUCCCUUCAUCUUCAGCCAGAGUUCAGUUCCACCUUACUGCCUUGUGGAGGGGGCUGUCCUGCCUGUCUGUAGGAUGAGGGCAUGCGAAGAAACAGAAUGAAACGGUCACCAGCCUCCUAGACCCCCUCAGCACGCACUGUCUCCCCCUGUGUAAACCACCUCCACUUCCCAUCUGGGGGCUGCCCACUGUCCAAACCUCUAGACCUCAUGCUCCCAGCACACUUCUUUUUCUCUCUACCCAUUAAACAAAGCAAGCUCCGUCAUCUCUGCUUUGUUCUCU